GUGGCAGUGGGAGCGUAAUUUCAGCUCCCCCAAGUUCCCCACCCCCCUUGCUUUCCCAGUGGCAGGCAGUGGGAGCUCCCCCGAGUUCCCCAUCCGCUCCGAUCCACACACAAACCCUAGCCAUGGCCACCGUUCCACGAUCGGAGAUGCUGCGCGCCCUCGUCCUGGAGCUGCCCGAGCGAUUUCUGGGCUCGGUCGCGAGGCAAACCCGUACGCUGUGGGUGUACGAGGACGGAGCGAUGGUGCGCCGCGCCGUCUCCUACAGCCCGGCGCUGUACCAGCUCUUGGACGGCGCGCUCCUCACCGCCGCGAGGAGGAACCGCGACCACACCGUCGGCUCCACGCUCAAAGUGGACAUAGAUGUCCAGGCCUGCCGCAUCUCGAUGCACACCACCGCAGGCGGGCCACCAGUCAGCCUCGACGAGGAGGAGGAAGGCGUGUACAUUCCGGAGCUCAUCUACGGGCGCAUCACCAACGUCGACGACCCCGAUGACCUCGCCCCGAAGCUCCCCAACUUGUUCUCCACCGAGUUCGUCAUCGAGAUCGCCGACGGGCGCCUGCGACAGAAAUCCUACAAGCAGGCCUUCUAUGACAACAUGGGCAAGAGGUCCAAACCGACGACUCGCAAGUGCGCCAAGUCAGCCAACUGGACUAGAGUUACCUUCAAGCCCGACCUCCCCAAAUUCAACAUGACCGAGCUCGAUGCCGACAUUGUCGCACUGAUGAAGAGGCGAGUACUUGAUAUGGCGGGCACACUUGGCAAAAAGGUCACUGUCGAAUUGAAUGGCGAGAAGGUGCCAGUGAGAAGCUUCUCUGAUUACGUGCAACUGUAUAUUGAUUCUGCUUCCAAAGAAGGAAUUGAGCUACCAAGAUUAUAUAAGAAAGUUAACGACUGCUGGGAGGUGUGCGUCACUCUAAGUGAAGGCCAGUUCCAGCAGGUCAGUUUUGUGAAUGGGAUUGCGACCAUACGAGGUGGAACUCAUGUCAACCACGUCACAGACCAAAUUACCAGUCAUCUGAUGCGCGUUGUGAACAAGAAGAAGCACAUCCACAUUGGACCACAUACAGUAAAAGACCGCCUAUGGAUAUUUGUUAAUGCGCUCAUUGACAACCCUGCAUUUGAUUCACUGACCAAAGAGGCAUUGACCUUUGGGCCCGAGUGCCACCUCCCCCAAGAGUUCCUCAAGACAGUGUCUAAAUUGAUCAUGGGGAGCAAUCUCCUCUCUUGCGCCGAGUCCGAACCAAACACUGAGGUACACAGGACUGACGGAAGCAAGGGGACAGGUCCUCUUCGCAUCCCUAAGCUGGAGGAUGCAAAUGAUGCUGGUGGGAGUGAAUCUGAACAGUGCACCUUGAUCCUUACUGAAGGAGAGUCAGCAAAGGCUCUAGCGAUGGCUGGUCUAUCCGUAGUUGGAAGGGACAAAUACGGCGUGUUCCCUCUGCGGCAGUGUACUAUGUUAAAUGCGAGAGGAGCAACCAGCACACAGCUGAGGCAGAGCCGAGAGCUACAGAGUCUAAUGGAAAUAAUAGGUCUGCAACUAGACAAGGAUUAUGAUAGCCCGAAAGACCUGCGAUAUGGUCAUUUGAUGAUUAUGACAAACCAGGACUGUGAUGGGUACCACGAAAAAGGCUUGCUUAUCAAUUUUAUCCACUCUCAGUGGCCAUCUCUGCUAAAGGCUCCUUCCUUCUUGUCUGAGUUCAUCACUCCAAUGGUCAAGGCAACAAAUAUCAGGAGCGAAGCUGUCAAGUCAUUUUACUCAAUGCCAGACUACGAAACAUGGAAGAAGAACUUGGGAGGAAAUGCAAGUGCAUGGAGUGUCAAAUACUACAAGGGGCUGGGAACCAGCACAGCUCAAGAAUGUCGGGAUUACUUUGAAGAUAUUGCGCAUCACAAGAAGGAUUUUUACUGGGCAGAUGAAAAAGAUGAUGAAGCUAUUGAAUUGGCAUUCGACAAGGGCAAGACCGGUGAGCGUAAGGAUUGGCUGUACAACUACCAGCCUGGAACUUGCCUUGACCGACAUCAGAAAAGCAUCACGUACAGUGAUUUUAUUCACAAAGAGCUGAUACUCUUUUCGAUGGCGGACAUUGAACGGUCAAUACCUUCAGUCGUUGACGGCUUUAAACGAGGACAGAGGAAGGUUAUGUUUUGCUCAUUCAAGAGGCAUUUGGUUAAAGAAAUAAAGGUGUCACAGUUUGUUGGUUUCGUGUCAGAACACUCAGCGUACCAGUAUGGUGAGACCAGUGUCGCACAUACAAUCAUAGGAAUGGCUCAGGAUUUUGUUGGCAGCAAUAAUAUUAGUCUCCUGGAGCCUCGUGGCCAGUUUGGCACCCGAAAUUCGGGCGGCAAGGAUGCUGCUACUCCUAAGUACAUCUGCACUAUGUUGCCGCGUAUCGCCCGCUUAAUUUUUCCAAAGGAUGAUGAUGUUCUUCUGAACUAUUUGCAUGAGGAGGGGGUGUCAAUUGAACCCAGCUGGUAUAUGCCGAUCAUUCCCAUGGUUCUAGUUAAUGGAGCUGAAGGCAUUGGCACUGGAUGGAGCACGUUUGUUCCAAAUUAUAAUCCAAGAGACACCGCUCUUUUGAGGCCGCCGCUGCGCCUCUAGUGGCCGCUUCUUUUUUUGAAGUUCAGGUUGAGGACUUGAGGUCGUUCUAGAGGGUCACGUUGUACCCAGUGCUGUUGCUUAGGUUGAACAGGAGGAGUAUGGCACCUUUCUGUAUUGUGGAAUAUGCAAAGCUUUGCUGAGAACAGCAGAAAUGAUUGAUCAAGUUGAUGUUUCAAUGGUAGUUGAAGUAACUCUUCAGACA